AUGGAGUUCCACCACCGCUACCACAGCAGCAGCAUCAUCCAGGCGGCGGGGCGGCCGACGGUGGCGGCCGCGGCUGCGCGGCCAUGGAGCAAGGCGGAGGACAAGGUGUUCGAGACCGCGCUGGUGAUGUGGCCCGAGCACGCGCCCGACCGCUGGGCGCUCGUCGCGGCGCAGCUCCCCGGCCGCACGCCGCGGGAGGCCUGGGAGCACUACGAGGCGCUCGUCGCCGACGUCGACCUCAUCGAGCGCGGCGCGGUCGAUGUGCCCAGCUGCUGGGACGACGACGACGCCGACCAAGUCCAGGGCGGGCCCGGCCGCCGCGCCGGCGCUACUGACCGGGCGCGCCGCGAGGGCCGGCGCCCCGGGAUACCCUGGAGCGAGGAAGAGCACAGGCUGUUUCUUCAAGGGCUGGAGAAGUACGGCCGCGGGGACUGGCGUAACAUCUCGCGCUUCUCGGUGCGGACGCGGACGCCGACGCAGGUGGCCAGCCACGCGCAGAAGUACUUCAACCGGCAGCUCAACCCGGCCAGCCGGGACUCCAAGCGCAAAAGCAUCCACGACAUCACCACCCCUUGA